AAGGACAAGAACCAGUUUUUAACUGUGUUUUUUAACUGGAGGAAAGAAUAAGUACCAAGUUUGAUGAAAAAGGCGACAUAUUUUGAGAAAGAUUCUCGACUUGCUAAAGAGAAUUAAUUACGUCGGAGAAUCCCAUGAGUUUCACAAGCAAACUUGAUUCUCUGGAAAGGCAAAAGAAAAACCAAAGGAAGAAGACUCAGACAAGCACUACAACACAAGUCAUUUGCUGGAGUUUUCUUUAGUUUUGGUCUCAAAAAGUUAUAAGAUGUCUUGUUAGCCUUUGUUGCAUAUCAAACUAACCCCAAGAAAACGGAAAACAAACAGCUAUCCAUCCUAUUUUCUCCUUACAUUGUUUCCGAACAUUGAUGGCGGAUCGAAGGUCAUCAUUCUCCUUCCGGUUUUGGUCAUCAGGCACACGCCGUUCAUCUACAAACCAAACAACUGCAGCACCACCAGCAACCACCAAUUCUUCCCCCAGGACUGCACCUAGAGCUGAAUCCCAGAAUGUUAGCCAGUCAACCACCAACACCAACAGUCCCAUCCCCAUGGCUCCACCUCCAGCUGAAACUCAGACUCCAGGUAACCAGUCAACAGUCACACUGGCUUCAAGCAGCUCAACCACAACCCAAACUAAUGCACCCCCACCAGCAACCACCACCGCACCUACUACUACUACUACACCUGGAGCUGAAUCCCACAAUGUGAGCCAGUCAAUCGCCAGCACCACCGCAACUCCAACCACAGAUGAAACCAUGACUCAAGGUAGCCAGUCAACCACCACGGCCAACAGCCCUCCCAAUCCCACCAUUCCAUCUACAAAAGAACAGCAGAUCACUGACCAGAAAAAUACUACAGCCCCUGCCCCAACACCACCACCUUCAGGCAAAGUGCAAACAGCUAGCCAGCCAAACAAUACUACCUUCACUAAUCCUGCAAAUGAGCCCAAAAGAUCAAUGCCGUCUCCUGCAACUACUCAAUCCCCCCCCUCAUCGCAGCCCAAAUCACCCUCUCGUCAGAUAGCUCAAUCUCGUGCACCCCCUCAAGCACGAUCCACCAUUUCAUCUCCCUCUCGCAUGGGCUCUCAGUCCCCCUCCACAAUCCAAAGGGCUUCACAACCUCGUUCUCCAUCUCGUCUCUCGUCUCGUUCUCCUAAACUGACAUCCUCUACUUCCAGCAAGCACAUGCAGCCUAAUUCGCCAUCAAAAGAAGCAAGACGCACAACUCAACAGGAACCUCAGCUGAAGGCAGAAGCAAAAUCUGACAGUGCUAAGAACUUCAAUGGUGAAACGGUGGAUGGGACAAGAUCCAAAAAAGAUGAGGUAAAAGCAGUUCCUUCUAAAUCAUCAGAAGCUGGCGCUACAACCAACCCUGUCCAGGGUUCAGAGACUACUAUGCCAACCCCAAAAUCAGACUCUUCCAAUAUGAAUGGAUCUUCAGCUGAGGUUAAGUCUGAGAGUUCUAAUCACUCAAAAAAUCAGACUGUGGAUGAGACCAGCUCCAAACGAGAUGAGGUAAAUGUAACGUCGUCUAAAUCAUCGGAACUUGGCACCAGCACCACCCCUGUCCAGGGUCUGGAGACACCUACACCAACCCAAAAGUCUUCCACUGUUAAUGGGGAACAUAAGCCAGUCAUGGAAUUGACAGCAAAGCCUGAAGAAACUCAAGAAGUGAAGGAAGUAGUGCAAGAAACAAAGGUUAAAAUUAAUGAAGAGACAAAGAAGGAAGUCAACAAUAUUCUCACUCCAAAAUCUGGCUCUGGAGUAAACAUCAUUGAGAAGGCCGAGAUUCCAAGUAAAUCGAACCAGAAGAAUGCAGAGAAGCAAGAGGCACUUGACACAAAGGAGAUUUUACCUACCUCUGUCCCCAGUUUAAAACAAACCAACACCACAACUUCUCAAUUGAAGAAGAGAAGCAUGAUUUCUGAUACUCAAAAGAUAUCAGCUCAACCAAGUGGAGAGCAUGUGGCCUUGCACAAAGACAUCAGGGAUGACCUUUCAACAUUUGUCAACCGAGUGACCGCUGGAGACCCCAAAACUGCCAUUAAUGACAAACCUGUAAGUGUUAUAACCCUUGCAGGAGAAAACAGAGGGGCAUCAAUGCAAAUGGGGUCUAAUUCUUCAAGAACAGAAGGGCCAGUUCACAUUCAUAGAGGCUACAAGAUCAAUCCUGAUGAAACGGCUGAAGCAACCACUGACGGAGACGGAAGUUCUAAUAAAGGAAAAAAGUCAGAAGAUGCAAAAACUACUGAAGAUCAACCAAAGGAGGUAUAUGUAAACAACAAUGCACAAGGAAUCAAUAACUCCAUUGUGUUCAAUGUUUCCAUUACAGAACGAAAUCCAGGAGUUCACAUGUCUGUCGCUCAUGCUCCGAAGGAAUCAAUCCAGUCAACGGACAAAAGAGGUCCACCUGAGACACGAAGGGCUGAAUUUAACAUGAAUCGUAUGGAGAAACUUCCUUAUGAACCAAAGAUAAGGAGAAGAUGUCUCAGAGGUCUUUUCUUGGAACCAAGUGAUUCCGAUCCAGAAAAUCCUGAAAAGCCUCGACGCCAUGGUUGCCGUGUUGGCUGCCAGCAAAGGGAUAAAGAGAAGGACAAAGAUGUCCUCUGAACAUGAAUAUUACAUAUUACUAAUUAUAGUAGAUGACAAAUAUGUGUGUGCUAAGUUGUUGAUGUUCGGAUGUAAACAUAAUAAGAAUGCCAGCAAUUCAAAAAAAUUUAAGAACAGAUUGCUACCUCAAAGUAUUGCCCUGCUGUAAAUAACCAAUAGUUACUAAUAAAGACUUGACACAUAAAUCACCAAUAU